AUACAGACUGUGUCAGUGUAGCUGGCAGAUCCACUCAGUUCUGAGGAGCAAUUUACACAACUGUGACCAUGGGCAAAGUCAUCUUCUACGAGGACAGGAACUUCCAGGGUCGCUCUUAUGAGUGUAUGAGCGACUGUGGUGACUUCUCCGCCUACAUGAGCCGCUGUCACUCUUGCAGAGUGGAGAGUGGAUGUUGGAUGAUGUACGAUCGUCCCAAUUACAUGGGAAAUCAGUACUUCUUUAGGAGGGGUGAAUAUGCUGAUUACAUGUCUAUGUUUGGAAUGAGUGAAUGCAGGUCCUGCCGUAUGAUCCCUAUGUACAGGGGAUCCUACAGAAUGAGGAUUUACGAGAGGGAGAACUUCAUGGGUCAGAUGUACGAGAUGAUGGAUGAUUGUGACAGCAUCAUGGACCGUUAUCGCAUGUCUCAAUGCCAGUCCUGUCAUGUGAUGGACGGCCACUGGCUCUUCUAUGAGCAGCCCCACUACAGAGGCAGGAUGUGGUACUUCAGGCCUGGAGAGUACAGGAGCUUCAGAGAUAUGGGUGGCAUGAGAUUCAUGAGCAUGAGGCGUAUCAUGGAAUCUUGUUACUAGUGUUCCAGUGUUUCAAUAAAAUUAUUUCUCUACAAAAGCAAACUGU